UCAACUCUGAACCACCUCAAUCAUGGCCGCACCCGUUCCUGUCCCCUCCAAGAUCGACACCUCUGGCGUUGACGACUCGCACGAUCUCUCGCCCACCUCACCUGUUGAUCGCCAGCGCAUGGAGCGCAUGAUGGCUAACCGCCCCAUUGCCUCGGAGCUGCAGAACAAGAAUAUUCUCAAGGGCCGCCCCAAUGACCCCCUAGCCGCCAAGCGCUCCGACCUCGAGCGUUCGAUGUGCAGUGACCGCCUUGACAAGGAUAUCGGUAACCGCCCCUCGGUUGACGAGCUCGUCAAGAAGGGUGUCCUUCACGCUGAUCAGGUCUCGCCCCAUCAGUAGAUGGUGCCCUACCGAGAGCCGAACAUUUUAAAGCCAAUGCGCGGGCAACUCAAGAAGAAAAAGUGAAUGAGAAAGAAGAAACGAUUGUACUGUUACUCGUUGUGCAUGUAGUUGAGCUGUCGAACAG